AUGGCAGCGAUGGCAUCCCAGAAUAUCGUUGCGGCAGCGAAUGAGAUAUGUGGUUGGAUACCGCUCGCAACCAAUAUCCUCGGGUUCCCACAAGAACCCAUCCCAUAUGCUUGUGUCAACCCACCCACAGACUGCAUCUCCUCCGGGUCCUACAUGGGCUGCGGCAAUCCCAUACCCACGACAUGCGUGCAGACAGCGAAAGCCAAGAGGGGAUGCGAGCCCGGUCAGCUCUGCUGUGGGCCCUAUCCUAACACUGACUGUUGGACUUGGCACUCGAUCGACAACACGGCGACUUACACACUCCUACAAUGUAGCUCAGUUUCCGGUAUCGGAACGCUGAUGGCAAACUCCAUUCCUCCAGAUGGCACCUUGACAGUCACCACGAAAAAUGGUUCACCCAGGACCAGUGACGACGCCAAGACGACAAGUACAGCCGAGGUAUCUACCCCCACAGCUGGGGUCACCAUCCCCACGAAGACGAGUCUUCUGCUACCCGGUAUCCCUUCGGAAACAUCCGGUUCCUCUGGCGAAGCUUCACCAGCCGCCAUUACAGGGGCCAUCGUCGGAGCACUUGCUUUUCUUGGCAUCUUGCUGGGUGUGACGGUCUUCAUCUGGAACCGAGCCAGGAAGAAGAAGCGUCUAGCUCAUGAGACUUCGAUUGGAGGACCCGUGACGCCUCUAAGGAAGAGAGAUAGCAUGAUACCGUUCCAUGCUGGAGCCAUCAAUGUUCCUGUGUCGUCUGUAUACGAUUACGGUGGCCCAUCCAAUAGGGUAUCGAGAGGUGAUUCUGGUGUUCCAGAGGGCGCUAACAAACCUCCAAGACCGCCGAGAAGUCCGACCAGGGACAUGAACGUCACUGAGGGAGGUUGGAUUUAG